UGCCUACAGCAUGGAUGAGAUCACCAGCACAUCAUUUGGAGUCAGUGUUGAUUUCCUUACCAACCCUAAGGAUACUUUUGUGGAGAAAACCAAGAAGCUCUUAAGAUUUGAUUUUUUUGAUCCAUUGUUCUUGUCAGUAGCACUCUUUCCAUUCCUCACCCCAAUAUAUGAGAUGUUAAAUAUCUGCAUGUUCCCAAAAGAUUCAAUAGCAUUUUUACAAAAAUUUGUGUACAGAAUGAAGGAAACCCGUCUGGAUUCUAAGCAUAAGCACCGAGUGGAUUUUCUCCAGCUGAUGCUGAACGCUCAUAAUAAUUCCAAAGACGAAGUGUCUCAUAAAGCCCUGUCUGAUGUUGAAAUCAUAGCCCAGUCAGUUACCUUUAUUUUUGCUGGCUAUGAAAUCACCAGCAGCACACUUUCCUUUGUCUUGUAUUCACUGGCAACUUACCCUGACAUCCAGAAGAAACUGCAAGAGGAGAUUGAUGGGGCCCUGCCUAAUAAGGCACCUCCUACCUAUGAUAUUGUGAUGGAAAUGGAAUACCUGGAUAUGGUGUUGAAUGAAACCCUCAGAUUGUAUCCAGUUGGUAAUAGACUUGAGAGAGUCUGUAAAAAAGACAUAGAACUUGGUGGUGUGUUUAUACCCAAAGGGUCUGUAGUGAUGAUUCCAACAUAUCCUCUUCAACGUGACCCACAGCACUGGACGGAGCCUGAGGAAUUUCAUCCAGAAAGGUUCAGCAAGGAGAACAAGGGCAGCAUUGAUCCUUAUGUAUUUCUGCCCUUUGGACAUGGACCCAGGAACUGCAUUGGCAUGAGGUUUGCUCUCAUGAAUAUGAAACUCGCUCUCACUAAAGUUCUGCAAAACUUCUCCUUUCAGCCUUGUAAGGAAACACAGAUACCUCUGAAAUUGAGUAUACAAGCAAUUCUUGAACCAGAAAAAGCCAUUGUUCUUAAGGUUGUGCCAUGGGAUGCAGUCAUAACUGGAGCAUGACUUUCCCUGAAGGAAUUUUAUUGGGCUCCUCACAAAGGCAGU